UUAGAUGUACAGAUAAGGCUCAGAGACACUCCGCGCAACAUUGUAAUUUGCUCCAGUCGCAUCCUCAGAGGCUUGAUGGCGAAUAACAGCAGCUCAACCCUCAACUGUGGCGUUGACAAUCAAGUGAGGGCCAUAGCCAUCUCCAGCCUCUAUUUCCUGCUUUUCCUCCCUGCUCUUCUGCUCAACCUGCUGGUGGCUUGGAUUUCCGUGAACUUGAAGUCCAAGACCACCUUCAUGGUCUACCUGAAGCACCUGGUGGCCGCCGAUCUCCUGAUGACACUGACCUUCCCCGUCCGGGCUGCUAGCGAACUGCCAGGCAUCACGGACAGACUGCAGGCUUUCGCCUGCCGGUACUCGCAUGUCUUCUUCUAUCUGGCCAUGAACAUGAGUAUCAUCUUGAUGGGUCUCAUCAGCCUGGACCGAUUCUUUAAGAUCGUGCGGCCUGGAGGGAGACUUCUGUGCCAGAACCUGCGUUUCAGCAAAGUCCUGUCGGUUGUCAUCUGGCUGCUGCUAAUCAGCAUGAAUACCUUGCCGGUUAUUAUCACAACGAACCAGGACCCUUUCAACAACAAUACCAACAAAUCAGAGAUUUGCAUGAGCAUGAAAAGUAAAAUCGGACUCGUGUGGCAUAAAGUCGUCAUACAGUUCGCCUCUAUUAUUUUCUGGGCGGCAUGCAUUGUGAUCACGUUAAGCUACAUGUGUAUCACCAAGAAAGUGGUGGAAUCAUAUCACAGGUCACGCAGCAGCAAUGAUCAGGGGAAGCGUAAAGCCAAGGUUCGGGUUUUCCUGAUUCUUUUGGUUUUUCUGGUCUGCUACGUACCUUACUACAUUGUGCGGAUACCAUACACCAUGGUACAGGUCAGCGACAAGGGCUCCUGCACCAGACCCAUACUGAAAGUGGUUAAGGACCUCACCCUGUGGCUCUCGUCGACAAACGUGUGCUUGGACCCCUUGAUCUACUUCUUCCUGUGCAAAGCAUUCAGGAAAAGGUUUAUGGAAACUUGUGAGAUCAACAGGUUAUUUCCAUCCUUUGGUAAAACUGCAGAACCCUGUCAGUCCUCAGAUACUUCUCUGUAACCUGUAUGUAGAAAUCGCGGAUCUCUCUUUUCUUUUUGGGUGCUUUACACAAGUGCCGGUUACACAACCGCAUAGCUGCCUGGGUUCCUGAGAAAGCAUGCAUCUGAGAACAGUGGAACUAAAUAACUGUCAAGAACCUGCAACAGCUGAGGGGGUGGGAUCACAGAGGUCUGCAAAUGGAAGCCACGUCACAAAGCCACAGCUGCAGUUUCAGCUGCAGAGCUCUUUCAGCGUUGUGUUACAAAUUAGCAGCUUUUUAAAUCAACUGGAGUUUCUUAGCAAUAGGUUUAGAUUAAGGAGCCCUUCCCCACUGGGAUUCAACCAAAGUGGAGCUUAAUUUGUGUGAGAAGGAUUGACCAGAGGAGAAGGCCAGUGAGGCAGUCUGAAGCCACUGAAGUCAUCUGAUUGCCAUUGUGACAAUGCAUGGUACAAAAGAUAGCCUCAGUGACUCUAAUCACCUUCAUGUCAGCUUGAAUUCUUUUUAGCAUGUGUUUUAAACAUUUCACCUCCAAAGUUCAGUCUUAAAAGUUGGUUGAAUAUACUGCUUUCACAGUCCAAGUAGUCCCAAACACAUUCAGUAACUGGAGUGGUCAGUCCAUUGUUCAGCUUCUUUGUUUGAUGUGUCCAUCUCCUUUUCUCAGAGAGGUUCUUCUUGAUCAGCUACACAUCCUUUCAGACCCACAGCGCUGAGUUGUCUUCUCACAGUGAAAGCAGGAGUGGCGCUUCAGUCACUAAAGCUGAAAGCCUUUGGUGGCCUACAAGGCUUAACUGUUGUCAGGAGCCACAUUUUCUCUAUUUAUUAUGAUAAUUUAAAAAAAAAAUAGGCAAAUCCUCUUUUUCACAUUUGUUUUUGACUUUCCAAUUUCCUAUGUAAGUCAACUGUCUUAUAUUUAAUCUCCUUAGAAAAAUCUGCUGAAAGAUCAGUAAUCUGCACUUAAGGUUUUUUUUUUACCUUUGCACAAGAUUUUGCACAGCACUGUACAGCUUUCUGAGCUUUUAAUCUGUAUGAAGUUUGGUUGUCACCCUUUCUCAUCUUGGUAUUAAUAUUAUGGUUGUUUUGAUUAACAAACCAGUUAGAGUCAGAUUCGAAUGACUGCAUAGUCUUCUAUGGGACUCUGGUGCCCUCUGAAGGCCAAGAGUAGAACUGUCUAACUCGCCUGUAAACAGUGUGUCCACUGUAACCACACUCAUUAACAGCAAGAGCCUAUAGACAAGAUAUCCUCUGCCAAUUGCAUGUUAAUCUAUGUGUAUCAGCGAGAACAAGAGAGCGAGAAAGAGAGGGGGGGACAGAGAAUGAGGUCACUGAUUUCAUAUGGCCGCACUUUUUCUCAGCGCUCCAUUCACUCGAGUGAAUGGCAAUAUGGCCCUUUCUAACAGUCUGUAUGUGUAUGUCUUGGUGAGGUUCCCCCAGUCACAGGAAGACAGAGGUCUCACUGUAGAGGGAAGUGGAUCCAAGUGUGAGUUGUGUUUCUCCUGUCUUAAAGAUUUAAAGUCAUAGUGCACCAGUCUUAGACGUCUUCACUAUAGCUGUACUAUGUGUUAUUUGUAAUCAAUAGAGUGUUGAUAUCUAUUGUGUCCCCUAUAAUCUUAUGAAGUCAUUUUAAAUAAAAAAAAAAGAUGAGAUGGGUUCUCUCUGACA